CCCCUCCUCACCCCCCCACGUCAUCCUCCACCCCUCGCUUCUCUCUCUCUCUCUCUUACUCUGACUAUGGCAACCGCCCCCUCGGCCGCUCCGGCCGCGCCCCCUGCGCAGCAGACGCAGGUGGUGUGGGCGAGGAUGGCGUCGUGGCCGGCAUGGCCCGCUCUCCGGCUCGACGCUGUGGACGAGAACACGAACAGCGGCGAGGAGAGCAAGUGGCGGUGCGCGUUCUUUGGCUCGUACGACAACGCUGUCAUCACCUCGCGCAACAUCAAGCCCUUUGCCGCCACCGACGAUGUCUUUGGCCCGGCGUCGGCGUCGACGUCCAAGUCCAAGAAGAAGCCGCGGAAGCGCAAGAAGCUGCUCAAGGCCCUGCGCGAGGCCAAGGAGUUCCUUGCAUCGGGCAUUGUUCCACAAGUCAUGAAGGUCCGCUACUUUCCUGAGCCGUCGCCGCCGCCUGCGUCCGCAACCGGUACGUCCGGCAGCAGCGGCCCCGAGUCGCUCGCAACCGGUGACGACGACAAGCCGGCCGAGAACGCGACAGAACCGGCCUUUACCCGAUCCAAGGAAGACAUGGAAGGCUUUGAACGCCGUCGCGCGUUCCGGCUCAAGAUCAUGAGUCGUCUCGGCCUCUCGGCCGUUGAAGAGGUGGUCGAGGGCGACUGGUGCUCGGAUCUCAUCCGCAAGCCGGGCCUCUCGGCCAACGCGCUCUUCUCCUCGCCGCCUGCCGAGGUCCUUGGCCGCAAGCGCCGGCGCAAGAGCUCGGUCUCGCAAGUCAAGGGCGCUGACGACGACGGUGGUAAGGAAGACUCGCUAGAUGACGACGAGUCGGACAUUGUGCUCGAGGAGGACGACGACGGGCCGCCGGCCAAAAAGUCCAAGUCGCUCUCGGGCAAGGCAAGCAAGACCAAGGGAUCCACCAAGAGCUCCAAGUCCAAGAGCUCCAAGUCCAAGAGCUCCAAGUCGAGCACGGGUAAGCGCAAGCGGGUGCUCAUUCCGUGGACCAACGAGGAGUACGAGGCCAUCAAGGCCGGUGUCCUCGCUUACCACGGGCCGGAGCGCGGCAAGUGGAACACCAUCUACGACUCGAUCAAGGACAAACUCCACCCGACCCGCCACGCCGACCAUCUCUCGCGCAAGUGGGCCACCUAUCGCCGCGCCUUGGAGAGCGCUAACAUUCCGGUCCCGCAGUUCAACAUUGCCCCAACCAAGCGCGAGAUUGCCGAGUCGGCCGGACCCACCAUCCAGACGCUCCAGCUCUGGACGGAAGACGAGGUCAUGAACCUCAUCAAUGCUGCCAAGAUCGAGGCCGAGCCGCUCAAGCGCCGCUGGCACCGCGUUCUCGCCAAGUACGGCAAAUGGUUCAAGCCCUUCCGCCGCCCUUCGGACCUCUCGCGCAAGUAUGCCCGCCAUCUCGCAAACCGCGACCGGACUGUCACCAUCACUGAUCCCGACACCGGCGCAGAGUCCGAGGUCCUCUCCGACGUCGCCAAGGCCUGCCUCGAGAUUGAGGAGCGUGCCUCAAAGGUUACCACCCCGGUAACCUUUGGCGACGAGUUUGACGUCCCGGAGCUCCGCAACCGCCCUGAGCGUCGCAAGCCCAAGCCCAAGAAGAAGCGCAAGCCGGCCAACCAGAGCAACAAGGGCGACAACGGCAAGAACGAUGACAAGAACGAUGGCGACGAUAAUAACGACGAUGAUAGCAAUGGCGGCGGCAACGGCGGCAACGGCGACAGCAAGGUGGUCGGCAAGGUGGCUGACAAGGCCAGCAAGCCCAGCAUUGCCAACACCAUCCCUUCUGCAUUCGCUCGCGCCGCCGCUGGCGCGAUGCCG